UUUUGUUUCGCUUGGCAUGUUUGUUUGUUUCUCCCUAAAUAUGUAUUUCAAAUGUAAUUAUAACUAAAUGUAUUUGAUGGUCAGACGAUAAUCCAUUAAAACUAUGAUUUGCCCCAUGAUACUUUGUUGCAUUAACUGAUGUUGCCAUGGUUACUUUAAACACCUAAACAAGGACAGGAGGACAGUGCAAAGUUGCGGGAACAAUAUAUUGACGGAUGUAUUUGCUCCUGUUUUGUGACAAAUCCUAAACGGGGAACAUGUAUAAAGUCGACCUGCCGGUGGACAACUCUGCUGACUUGGCAGUGAACCGCCGACGAGCAGCAGAAGCCGCUCGCCAGGCUCGAAUCUUCAACACCAGAAAUCGAGUCAUGGGGCUGGAUCUUCCAACUCUGGAGCAACAGGUCACGGAGAGAAAAGCGAGGGAUGAGAUGGCCAGGCAACGAGAGAUGGCCUUCGAUUUGCUGAGAGUGACACAGGAUAAAGUGCUGAUGCACCAACAACGGCAAGAGGAGGAAAUGAGAGCAGAGUUGAACAAGAACCUGGUCCAGUACCAUCAAAUCCAUCAACGUGCAGAAGACUCCCUCGAUGCAGAUCUUACAUUUGACCAGCAGGGGGCAAUCGAGUUGUCUGAGUCUGAAUUAGGUCCUGCUAGUAUGAAAGUAUUUCAGGGAGAAGACAUUGGAGAAGAUGAGAGGAGAAGAUCUCAGAUGGAGCAGACAGAGAGAGCCCUUCGAGCACAGAGGGAGGAGAGAGAGAGAAGACUGCAGGAAUCACAACACAAAGAGCUGCUGGUAGGCCAGGCACUGGUACACCAGGACUUGAGAUCUGUUCACUUAGAUGCUCUGGAGGAAGAGUGUAAAAGGGCCACCCGCAUCGCUCUCAACAACUACAAUCAGGCUCAGGCUGCGGAGAGGGCGGAGCUCAAGCGGAAGGAGCGUAUGAGGAAGGAGGGGGAGGAGCUUUCGGAGGUGUGUCACAUGAUGACCUCCGACAUCCUGACCGAGUGCCCGGAGGCUGCGCAGAGGGAGGCCGGCGGCCAGGGCGGGCCCCGCAUACUGACGGACCGCUGGAGGGGAAUGAGCGGCGUGCAGCUGAACGCCAUCUACAGGCAGAGAGAGGAACAACGGGCUGAGAAAGAGAGGCAGAGAGAGGUUGAGAAGCAGAGGGAUGUGGCCUGGGACUUCAAGCGCAUGCUGCGCACCAGAGGGGAGGAGGAGGAGGAGCAGAAAAGGGCGGAGCUGCAGAAAGAGAAAAGGAUGCAGAUGGGCCAAUACAACGAGCAGCUGGCCAGAGAGCAGCGCCAACACCAGGAGUACUUGAAAAAUCAAGUUUACACCAACAAGCCCACAGCCCACUACUUCACCCAGUUCAACAGCAGUUCUCGUUGACCUCCCUCAUCCAGAACUCCACUUACAGAGAACACGCUCCAGCAUGUUCAAGCAACACUAAACAAGCAUGUUGAAUAA